CUUUUCUUUUUGCACGAGGAGAGAUUGAAUUGACAUUUGAGAAAACAGCAAGAUGUGACCAGAAGGGACUGCCUGCUUGCCAGGAAUGCUGUUACUGUGGGAGAGGGGUCUGAAUGGGGCUGUGCUGUAGCCAUGUGAAGGGGACCACAGGGGGCCUUUUCAGGCUAGAGCUGAGAAAGUUUCAGUCAAAGGGGGUGGCUGGUUUGCAAGCAGUUCUGCUCUUGCUAAGAGAAUGAGAAUCUUCAGCAGUGGUGGUGAAAACAAUAUAUUCCCCUCCCACAUGGACGCACACUUCCCCCAGUUAAUUUGCUUUCAUUAGCAGUGUGCGUGCAUUUCCUCAGAGGAAACGUUCCUCUGGAUGCAUCCCAUUAUGCUGUUGAAAUUUUCCAAAAUAUUCCUGAAGCCUGUGGGGUGGUGGAAGGUGCUAAGCAAUCAGUAUUGUCAGUAAAAGGAGUGAUGGUAUUUAUAUAUUUUUAUUUAGAGACAGGGCAUACAAGCUGAUAGCACAGCACUGUAUCACAUGGAGGCCCUUCACUUUCCCGGAGUGUCAUGCUUUUGGCAGAUGACUUGGUCACUCUCUGGGCUCCCCUUAUUUUAUUGCCAUUUGGGCUUUUGACUGAGGAGUUUGUCCUUGCUGGUUCUUAGCUGAGACUAAGGAAUUGCAUGGCUGCAGGAGCCAGGCUGGAAUGAGCUGGGAUGGAGAUCAGGGAAGGUGUACCUGCCCUGAUGAUCAGUGUGAGUGGUGUUUUCCCCACUACUAAGGAUGAGGAUUGUGUACUGGGAAAAGGGGCUCAGUGGGUGUCUCAUUUUUAUCAAGGUGGGUAGAAAUGAAAGCAGACUGUGCAGAACCAGGGAAAGCUAUUAAAUUUUUCUAGUCUCUGUUCACGUCCUUGAAGGAAAUAACCCUUCUCCAUUUUAUUGCAUGUUGUGCUUUAUUAGCACCUGUCUGUAUAUUUUUAUUCAAUGUUGUGCCAGUUGCUUUAAAAAUACAGCCCAAAAUUGAGACUUUUUCUUGGAAACCAAGUGAGACAGCCAUAGUGAGACAGCUAUCUUGGACUUUUUUUCAUCUUUCAAUGGUUCUUACUUCUACAGUAAAGCUGUAAUUUACACUAAUCUUGCAUCUUGCCCUCCCUUUUUUUUUCCUAAUGAAAUCUACUGCCUGAGGUCUUGAUAUGUAAGUUUAGAUUGUCACCACACAGCUUCUUGCAGGGCUGUGCACAGCAUGGGAGAAGCUUUCUGUUUGGUUCCAGAUUGAUCACUUGGUCUAAAUAAAUUGAAUCCCAGAUUAAGUCUGCUAACAGGAAUACUACAGUCUUUUGAUUAAGAAUCCAGAAGUGACCCAUAUUUCAUUUCUAUUCUUGGAACAAAUUGCUUGGUUUGUAAACCAUGUGUAUAUAUAGAUUUUUUAACUUGCAAGAUCAAAUUCUCUAAGCCUUUUUGGUUUUUUUUUCCUCCAUGUUUUGGAUUAACUAUCACUAAUCCAGAGCAGUGGUUCUUGUCAUUUAGCACUGUUUUGCCAGCUCUUACUUUUUUUAAUGAUCUAUCUUUUUUAAGAGUUUAAUCUUUAGUUGUUCUAGUUCAGGAAAAAUGUGGAAGAACAGUCUCAAUACAUUUUGUUAAGAAUUAUGACUGCAAAGGAGACUUAGCUGGGGUCCUUAAAGCCACAAGUACCCUCCCUGUGUUUCUUUAAGUUCUUUUGAGGUUGAUUUGUGGAAAAAGUGGUUUGGAACUUCUAUGAGAGAUUUGAUUGCUUAGUUCAUUAGAGAAAUUCCUGUGUGGCCCUAGGGGACCCAGGUCACUCAGGACUGAGGCUGAAGCUCUUAGGGAGCAACCUCUCCUAUGAACUACUUGGGAAGAGGAUGGACCUGGCCAGGGAAGGAACUUAUUGGUGCUUGGCAGGAUGGAGCUUCUUAUUUAAUGCCUGUGUAUGGAUGUGGGUGUCCACCAUAUCCACUGCAAGUUCCUCCAUCAUUCUGGGAGCAAGUUAAGCAGUGUUCAGUUAAUGACUUUGUUUCUACCACUAGUCAAAAGAACUGUGAUGUGUUUUCCUUCCAAGAGUAAAUUUUACUUAGUUACUCAGAUUUGCAAUGAAUAGAUUCCUACUUCACAUGCAGUUCUAGACAGACUGGAGUUAAACACAGCUUUCCAUUUUCAGAGUAAGCCACUGUAUAGUGGUAUAUUGCCCUUCUGAAAGCACAUGUUGCAAGAUACGUGCAUGGUUAUUCUCCGGAGGAAAAUUUUUGUGAAGUUACCAGGGGAUGGCCAAGGCGAGAGAUGAAAGAACUGACAGCUCUGAGCUGCCUCCAGUCAGCAAUUUGUCUGUUAUGAUGUCUGUGGCACCCACCUGAGAAUUGAAGUAAAGGUCUCCUGUAUCUCAAGCAGGGGAGUGUUCCUGGCCAAACCUGUUUUAGGAUAAUUGAUGAGAAAGGGUUCAGGGCACUGUGCCCUGGGUGCCUUUGAUGUCUUCAUGCCAAGCACAUUUUAAUUGCAUUUCCAGUUUGAUGUAUGUGUGUAGUCUCUAGCUCAGUAGCUCUGGAGCCAGUGGAGCCCUGGCUCCUCCUCACUGUGCAUAUUCAUCCUCCCAGCUCUGUUUCAGUCCAUCAGGACUCUGCUUUCUCAGUCACUCAGCAGAACUUGGAGCAGUGUGGCAGCUGCAGAGAUGAGUUUGUCCCUUGCACUCGUGGCCAUCUGUAUCCAUAGGCAGGAAAGAUCUGUUUCUGCUUUACUUCCUCCUCCUCCUGCCUGUUGAUGGAGAAGGGAAGAGCUGCAAGGGGAGAUGAAUCAGCUGGAGCAGCCGGCAGGAGGGGUGGGAUUCCCAGGUUUGGGGCGUUGCACCGUGCUGUGUGGAUUUCCUCAUCCUUUGGACACUGAAGGAAAGGGAUGGGGGAGGCUGUGGUUUGCAUCACCAGAGUGAGAGCAGAGCAGGGUGACCCAGUGUUAAUCGGACUAGGAAGGAUCCCUGGGCAGAGCUAUCGCAAUAACCUGCGUCAGUUCCUGCUGCAAAGUUUUUGUUCUUGGCUUCCACCUUAAGGGUCACUUACAUUUACAUCUGAAGUCAUCAUCCUUAUUAAUGUACCUGACUCCCAGCCUGAUUUUGGGGAACCUUUUUCUUAAUAUUGCUAAUUCAGAAUAGAAAUGUUAACUAAUAAAAAUAAUUUGGAAAUGUGGGAAUUGGGGUAUUAGGAAAAAACAAGCAUAAGAUGAAUUGAAGUUCUAUUUUAGAGUAAAAAAUCUAUUGAGAAAAUGCUCAAGAACUUCAGGGCAAAGGGGGUUUGAAAUUCAACAUUGAAAUAACACAUUAAAAUAUCAAAUAAUUUUAAUCUCCAAGAAAUUGAAAACGUGAAAAAAUAGCUUACGCAGGUAUUACUAUAAUAAAGUUCUUAAGUAAUAUGAAUUUAAAAUAUACUAUCUCCUAGAAAUUUAAAAGCUAUUUAAAUCUUCUUUAAAAGCUCCGAAGCUUUUCCCUCAGUUCUAAGGCAAGAGAAGGGAGGUGUAUUUAACAGUCAUAAUAUCAUGAAUUAAAAUAAAAGCAUGAGAUUGUAAUUGAGGAUUAAGUAUAUUUGAAAGCUUUAAAAUAAUCUUGAUGGAAUGCAGUAUUUUACUUAAAAUAUAAAACAUGACGUAUUUAGCUAAAUGUGCAGUGUGCAUGUUUAGUUUUCCUUUUUAGAUAUCUGAGAUAUUUUGGUUGUCUGUUCCGUACUUCAGAAAACAACUUGUUCAUAAACAUGUUUCUCAAUCCAUGUCUUACUUACCCAGGGUAGAGGGGAAGGAAUAAAUGAGCCCUCCUGUGUGAUAACAAAUUGUCUUCCCCUUCAAACCUCAUGAAAAAAUAAAAAGGUCACUUGAAGCAAACAUAAAAUCUAUUUUAGGAUCUACCAGCUCCUCCAAACUGAGACAGCCUCCCUUAAACUGCAUGUAUUGAAAGUAUUUUUGUGUGUGUUUAGUGCACUGAGAUAAGACUGCACCUCUGUUAAAGUGAGAGAUGUGAACAGAUGGUGUGUUUGUCUUUAUCCUUCUAUCGGAUUAGUGUACCUUGGAUUUUUUUUCCAAGAUAGUGUUUUAAUACAAAUCAGUUGGUGAAGAGCCUCUUACUAUAAUGUUGAUGUUGAUUGGGAUGUGCUGCCAUCUGUUUUCAGUGCUUUGCAUUUUGAAAACAUCCAUCCCUACAUCACGUAGACAAAUCUCUUGAUCUUUAAUAGGAUCAAUAGGGAUGUGAAGUUGUUGAUGUCACCAAACAAACUGGUUUGAAUUGAUUGUUUCUUAGAACCUUGUGUGAAUUUCCCAUUAAGAAUUUGUGCUACGGGAAAACAGCACAACCCUAUUGAAUUAGGGGAGUCUCCACUGUGACAAUAAUGAGGAAUUGAGCCAAUUGUUAAACUGAAUGUGUUGUGCCACUUAUUGGGAACAUGGUCACCUGUUGUCUCUGAGCUAUUUUUAGUUGACGCUGAGUUUGAACUGGAUUCAUGUUUCCAGUUCCGGAAGAGUUCUCUGUGGCGGUCAGUGGGAUGUGCAGGUUCAAGGGUUUGGUUUUAUCUACCAUGAACAGACUUUUUCUUUCACACAUGAAGGAGGAUGAUCCUGAAUCUUGAAGGUGCUCCCUGCAAAGAAAACAGGUUCUGGGUUUCUACUGUUGUUACUGGAAAGCUCUAGCAAUAAAAUCUGAUUGUAUGAAAUGCCUAUUAGCCUCUAACUGAGGAGAAAGUAAUUUCAAUAUUCCACACUCAGCAGGAGGUGUGUUACACAAUAAUGCUUACUCUCAUUACAGUGCUGAGGUUGCCAAAUUAUUUUUUUUAAAAGUAGCUAAGCAUAAGAGAGUAGAAUGUGGAAAAUAUCAAUUGCCAUCAUUGUUAAUUUCAGCUAUCAUUAAUUGCUAUACACUGACAUUGCAAAUCUCUUUAGGAGUAUUGUAUAAUGACAGUACCCAAAUAUAUAUUAACAAUAUAAAAUGUUACUGGGGCCCUGAGCAAUCUGAUUUAGUGGAUGGCAUCCCUGCCCACAGCAAGGGUUUGGAAAUAGAUGAUCUUUAAUGUUCUUUCCAACACAAGCCUCUCUAUAAUUAUAUUUUAAUAGUGUAUGUUAAUGACCUACCCAAUGUAUAAUGCACAAUGCCAUAUUUUCCACCAAAAGCUGAACAUUAUUGUGGUGAUGUAGGAAUCCUUUAAACUAAAUGUUGCUUAUCUACUUUGGAAAUACUAGAUAUCAAACAUUUCAAAGGCCUUAGUUUUUUUGUCCAGAAUCCUUGUGGCUUACACUAAUUUUUCAGUCUUUUGUGUUUACUGGAAACUUUAAUCCUGGCUUUUAUGAAAGAACUCAAUUCUGAUUCAAUUUAGCAUAAGUCUGGGGUGUUUCAGCAUUUCAGGUAACAAAACUUGAAAUGAUGCUGAACUUCUCAAAAUCUGAUGGAAACAGCAACAGGAAAGACUGUGCUAAAUCCCAGGUUAGAAAUUUGGCACUCUUUACAUUGUGUGGCAAGGACUUAGUUCAUCUUUGGUGUCUGACCUCUGAGUACAUUCUUCCCCUGGUCAAACCUGGCUCAAAUCCUAUUUAAGAGUGACAUCCUCGUGAUUUAGUCUGUUUUGGUUUCCCCAGCUGGGCAUUAUGGGAGUCAUAAGCCUAUGUAGGAGAGCAGCUUGUCUAUAUAACCCAGUUUCCUGCUGGGGCAAAAUAAAAACCUGCCACCCGUCCUCUGUUUGACUCGCUAGAUUUGUCACCCUGUUUUGCCUAAGGAUGGUCCUAGAUGUGGAAGAUACAGCUUACCUGAUAAGUAAUGCAGAGCAGGAUGUGGAGACUGUGCAUGGCUCUGUGCGUGUCACCAUGUGUGGCACUCCCCGGGGGAACCGCCCGGCCAUCCUCACCUACCACGACAUCGGCCUGAACCAUAAAACUUGUUUCAAUCCUCUCUUCAACUUCGAGGAUAUGCAGGAAAUCACCCAACACUUUGCAGUCUGCCAUGUGGAUGCACCUGGUCAGCAGGAUGGAGCACCAUCUUUCCAGGCUGGGUAUGUGUAUCCCUCCAUGGAUCAGCUGGCUGAAAUGAUUCCUGGAAUCCUGAAACAGUUUGGGCUGAAGACCAUCAUAGGAAUGGGAACUGGAGCUGGUGCCUACAUUUUAACCAGAUUUGCUUUAAACCAUGCAGAGAUGGUGGAGGGAUUAGUUCUCAUUAAUGUAAACCCUUGUGCUGAAGGUUGGAUGGACUGGGCAGCAACUAAGAUUUCAGGUUGGACAAAUGCUUUGCCAGACAUGGUCAUUUCACAUCUAUUUGGAAAGGAAGAGAUUCACAGCAACCAUGACCUGAUCCAUACUUACCGUCAGCAUAUCAUUAAUGAUAUGAAUCAAACCAACCUUCAUCUCUUUGUCAACUCUUACAACAGUCGGCGAGACCUAGAGAUUGAGCGCCCUGUUCCUGGAGUGAAUGUUGUCACCCUUCAGUGUCCUGUCCUCCUGGUGGUCGGUGACAGCUCCCCAGCAGUGGAUGCCGUGGUUGAAUGCAACUCAAAGCUGGACCCAACAAGGACCACGCUUCUGAAGAUGGCUGACUGCGGUGGGCUCCCCCAAGUUUCCCAGCCUGCCAAGCUUGCUGAAGCUUUCAAAUACUUUGUUCAGGGAAUGGGAUACAUGCCCUCUGCCAGCAUGACCAGGCUGAUGAGGUCCCGCACUGCCUCUGGCUCCAGCGUCACCUCCUUGGAAGGACAGAGGAGCCGCUCCCACACCGGGGAAGGCACGAGGAGCCGAUCCCACACCGGGGAGGGAACGAGGAGCCGCUCCCACACCGGGGACGGCUCCAGGAACCGCUCCCACACAGACACACGGAUCGAGCUGACGCCCAACUCGGCGAGUAACGCGGAACAAUCGAGCCCCAAGUCCAUGGAAGUGUCCUGUUAGAUGGCUGUGGGAGGUUUAAAACUGGUCACAGUGUGAAAAAGUAAUGGAUGCCCCCUGUGUAUCACAAAAACAUAACUGGUAUUAAUCUCUAGCUAUUCUGUAGGAUGAACUCUGUUCACCAGGGUCUGAGAGGGACCAAAGAAAAGAAGCAUCUCACUUGCUCUAUCAUUAUUCUUGUAUCUCAGACAGCUGCUGCUAUUGUGCCCUCCUUCAGUGGAUGCCAAAUUCUAAAGGAUACUUGCCAAAAGCUGAUGUGGUUGUAAACACUUCAGAGUCAAACCAGAAUUGCUCAAUACCCUCCUUUAAAAUCAAAGCUGUUACAGGCCCCUUUAUCUCUUCUUCUCUUGAAGUAAACUGGCACAAUUUGAGAUGAGUUUCAAAGCGGGGGAGAAAAAAAUAACUGUUAAGGAUGACUUUAAGAAAAGGAAAUGAAACAAAUGUGUUAUGGCCUCAUGUUGAAGCUGGAGUUGAAUUCAUUGUAUAUAGCUUGACUUCAAAUGAUAGAGAAGUUAACGUAUCGUGCAUUUAUAGGCCUUCUAAUUCAUUAGUAUUCGAGCCUGUUUUCCUAUGUACAAUAAUAUACUACUAAAAUAGGCAAUUUUAAUGUGACUUUGAGAUGAACUAAAUCUUUAAGGUUUUUCAUUUCACUUUUUUGAGAUUUAGUUCCAGUCUUCCUUUCCUUCCCCCCUCCUAGACCCUAAAACCUGCUUAGCCAAAUGAGGACAGGAUUUAAAUUUGGUAAGCAAGGUAGGAUUUCCUGUUUGGGAACUUGGGCCAAAGGGUUUACCAAACUGCAGAAGUUGGUGUAGUUGUAACAAGUAGGGUAGCUGUACAUGCCAGCUAAGCAGAAACAGCUUGAUAUUUCCUUCAGAAAGCUUCUUAUCUUUGCAGCUCAAGUUUUUUUUUUGUGUCCAGCACAAUUGUCAUAAAUUUGGAAUUCUGUAAGCAAAGACAGAUCCAGCUGUUCUUUGUCAGGAGAAAUGAAUAACUGUGGGAUGGGCAUGUAAUUAGAUACUGUACAUUCAACUGCCACUAAUUACUAGAUUUGAACCUGAUGAGAUUUCACUGGUGCUGAAAAGUGUAUUCCAUGAAGUGGUGGAGCAGCAACACUGUAUCUCUGGAAUACAGUGUCUAAUGACUUUGUAAAUGUCAUGAUCUGCUGGUUCUGCAUCUUUGCAUAGCCUCCUUGAGUUGCUUUCUUUGAAGCUAGUGGCUUGAUACCUUUCUGCCACUCAGAAUGUCACAGUUGGGUGUUCUUAAGUUUGUCCUUCCAUAGCUAGUGGGACAGGAUUUCCACAGCUCCAGUGCAUACCUGCUGAAUUGCAGUGCUCACACAGACAAAAAGCUCAAAUGCUGAGCAGUUAAAUAGCAAAUGUUAAUACUUUGGGAUUGCUUGUUCAGAAGAACACCAUCUAGGUUACUUUAUAUUGACUAACUUCAGCUCUUGUGUAGAAUAUCCAUAACAUUUUGUGGGAAGAACAGACAAUUUCCAGAAAGAAUAAAGCUAUUGUGUAAAGUCUAUCAAGAAAAGUUUCUUAAUGAAGUAUUUGUAUUUAUUUCAAAACAAAUAAAUUUGUAACUUUGCAA